AUUUAUUCUAUUGUUUAUUUUGAUUUUAGUAAUCUUCAACUCGGUCACAGCAAAAUUGAAGAAAUAGUUCCUGGAGCGUUUGAUAAUCUCAACAAGCUCUCGAUGCUGAGCCUGGUAUACAAUAGGCUGACRGCAUUUCCUAGUUUCAAGAAACGUUCACAACUCACCGAGCUAUAUUUAGAAGGAAACGAACGAAUCACAAGUUUAUCCAGAGAAAAUUUACAGAACUUACCGCUACUUAAGGAAUUGGACUUAGAGAAGACAGGUAUUACAACCUUACGUGAUGGAAUAUUUCAGAGAAACAAAGCACUUUAUAAAAUAAAUCUGGCAAAUACUAAAUCUUUGACCACAAUUCAUGUAAACGCAUUUGAAGGAGCUUCUUCUUUGCAGACAUUAAUUCUCGACAACACAAGAAUAACAUCUUURCCACARCAUGGACUGGAAAACCUUCAGUAUUUAAGYYUGAAAGAGGUUCCAGACCUUUGGMGYCUUCCUCCAGGUUUAUGGAACUUGCGCGAAGUAUAUCUAAAUCAAUACAAUAGAUUUCUAUGUUGUGCCUUCACAAUGAAUGUUUACAAUGGUGACUGUGUCAGACAAGGUCACCACGGUGCUCAAACAACGCCUACUUCAGGGUCGACAACACCACCACUUAAAACUGAUGAAGGAUGGACUACACAAAAGACAACAUUGCCACCACAUGAUACAACAAGUAAACCUGGAUUUACGUUGCCGGGAGGUGGAGGAGGAGGGCAGCCAUCGAAUGGAACAAAACCUACUGCUGUUUCAUCUAAUGUCAACACCACUAGUUCUGGAGGUAAGAAGUGGACUUGGCCGGGCGGCGGAGGAGGAGGGCAGCCAUCGAAUGGAACAAACCCUACUGCUGUUUCAUCUAAUGUCAACACCACUAGUUCUAGAGGUAAGAAGUGGACUUGGCCUGGCGGCGGAGGAGGAGGGCAGCCAUCGAAUGGAACACAACCUACUGCCGCUUCAUCUAAUGUCACCACCACCAGUUCUGGAGGAAACCAGUGGACUUGGCCGGGCGGCGGAGGGGGAUUUUCAAAGCCCUCAACAUCUCCACCGAGUGCUACCACUAGUAAUAAUGGUGGUGGAUGGUUUCCAGGAGGAGGGGGUGGAUUUGUAACGCGACCAACUGGUAUUUCAACGCAUGAAAAGAAAACGUUUACGUGGUUUAGUAUUCCUGGAAUUCAUAACACCACUGCUGCUCCACCAUCACAAAUAUCUGGAAAUCUUUCUAAUGCGAGUCUUUACAAAUGCCCCGAUGUUCGAAUAGAAGUGAAGUGUUUCCCAGGGCCAGACGCGUUCCAUCCUUGUGAAGACAUAAUGGGCUACACACUUCUCACCGUCGUAUCAGCAAUUGUUGGUUUAGUAGCUUUACUAUCAAAUCUUGUGGUUGGGGUCGUGUUAAUUACAAGUCAAAGACGUCUUAAUGUUACCCGAUUCUUAAUGUGCAACUUGGCGUUUGCUGAUUUUUGCCUGGGACUUUAUAUCUUCAUCCUGACGUGUUUUUCCAUCGAGACACAUGGUGAAUAUUACAACUAUGUCAGGUUAUGGCAGCACGGAGUGGGAUGCAAAGUCUUGGGAUUUCUAGCGGUCUUCUCCUCCGAGCUGUCUCUGUUUACUCUUGUGGUAAUGACAGUGGAGCGAUUUUAUGCCAUUGUGUACGCCAUGCAGCUCAACACUCGCUUGUCUUUUCGCUGGUCUGUGCGAGUGAUGCUUUGUGGAUGGGUAUUCGCUAUUAUAAUCGCCGUUCUCCCAUUAACAGGAGCGAGUAGCUACGACAAGGUUGCUGUUUGUUUACCAUUUGAUGWCACAGAUGCUGGGUCUACUGUUUAUGUGUCCUUCUUGUUGCUGCUCAAUGGCUGUUCUUUCAUCUUAGUCGUCUAUUUGUAUGCAAGGAUGUUGAUGGUUGUGGUCAAAGGAGGUGACAUGGAAGGUGCGCCAAAACGYAACGACAAGAAAGUGGCUAAAAGAAUGGCAUUGUUGGURUUYACUGACAUGGCRUGUUGGGCUCCGAUAGCAUUCUUCGGUCUCUUGGCAGCAUUUGGAGCGCCGCUGAUCAACGUCACGGAAUCCAAAGUACUCCUCGUGUUUUUCUUUCCUAUAAACAGCGUGUGUAACCCAUUUCUUUACGCAUUUUUCACCAAAGCCUUCAAAAGAGAAUUCUACGCUCUUUUAAGUCGCUUUGGUUUUUGUAAGCUUAGAGCGCUGAAGUACAACGGAACUCUAAGUUCGGUGUUGUACUCAAGAUCUCGGCGAAAUCAUACAUAUUCAAACGACGAUAGGCUCAAGAGAAUAUCGACAGUGUCAAGCCCAACUCAGAACGACUUCAAGAGAAUAUCAACUAUAUCAAGUCCAUCAUUUAAUGACUCUAAGCAAAGUAACGUCGAUUUGGUCGGUAAGGCAAGAGAGAAUGGGGAAAGUAUACAAAUGAAUGGCAUUUCUAACUUAGCGUACUCACCGGAUAGCUCACAAACCACACCCAAAACGACCGCAAAGUUCGUUAAAAGUCCUUCACAAGCUGAAGAUGAUGAGGUCUUCAUCGCUUCAACGUCGUCUAAACCAUCUUCUGCGACCAACACGCCACAAUCAACACCCAAAAGGAUUUCAAUUGUUGAAAAAAAUCCAAAUGAGGAAAAAGUACAGCAAGCGUGCAAUAACRUCGACUCUAAAACUUUAGAUAAUGGUGAAUGUGUUACCGAUCAAAAGGACUUUUCAUCUUCAUGUAAACCAGCGUCCAGCUCACCGAAAUCAAUCCUCAAAAAGACUUCAAUAGUGCGAAAUGUUUACGAUGAAAGUAAUGAUAGCCAGUACACUUUGUCUCGAGAAGAUUGCAUUGAAGAAAGUUGCUGCAAAGUGUAAUGAAAACGGAGAGGUCUGACGCGAACUGGUCAAUGAAUGACUAAAUUUAUACACCCAAAAUAUAUUAAUCACUCAAGAGACAAAUGUCUCACCGACGAGAUAUAUUCAUUUAGUACUAGCGACAAUGUUUAUUUCGUACAACAUUACAAUGUUAUCAGUUUUAUGGAAAGUAUUUCUCUACAAGGAUACGUACUCGUAACUC